CAGCUACCCUCAUACAAAUACAAUUUAACCAAAGCCCUUCAAGAACACCACAAAACAGAAGAACUACAAAUGGAGUUCUCUGAUCUUCUUCUCAGAAUCUUGCCUUCUCUUGCUCUUCUUGGACUCCUUUCCUUCAUCUUUCAUCUCUACAGGACUGUCUUGCUUAGUUCAUACACGGUCAAGAAGAAGCUCCACAUGCAAGGUAUUAAUGGCCCUUCUCCUUCUUUUCUUUAUGGGAAUCUCCCUGAGAUGCAGCAAAUUCAAUUGAAGGUCAAGAAAGAGGCUUUUCCUACUCAUGGUGAUGAGAUUGUAGCACAAGACUACACUUCCAUUGUUUUCCCCUACUUCGAUCACUGGAGAAAAGAAUACGGUCCAAUAUACAUGUAUUCGACAGGGUUUAAGCAACAUUUGUACAUUACCGACCCUGAGUUUGUGAAGGAAAUGAACCAGUGUAAUACUCUGGACUUAGGCAAGCCUCCAUAUGUGACUAAAAGAUUCGCACCAAUGUUCGGCAAUGGCAUAGUGAGGUCCAAUGGACAUUUCUGGGCUCUACAAAGGAAAAUUGUAGCACCAGAGUUUUUCAUGGUCAAGGUCAAGAGCAUGGUAGGGCUAAUGGUGGAAUCAACAAUCCCUUUGCUAAGAGAGUGGGAGCAGCGCAUUGAAGCCCAAGGUGGUCUCCAUGCAGAAAUUACAGUUGAUGAUGAUUUGAAGGGCCUUUCAGCUAAUGUUAUUGCAAGAGCUUGUUUUGGGAGUUCUUAUUUCAAAGGCAAUCAGAUUUUCUCCAAGCUUAGAACUCUCCAUAAGGCGCUUACCCAGCAGGGUACCCUUUUUGGGUUCACAAGUUUUCGCAAUAAUUAUAAAGAGAUCAACAGCUUGGAAAGAGAGAUAGACUCAUUAAUCUGGGAAACAGUUCAAGAACGCCAAAAGCAGAGCUCAAUUGAGAGGGACCUAAUGCAACUAAUACUUGAAGAGGCUGUCAACAAUCCUAAUUCAGGGAAGCUUUCACCAAAGAAAUUUAUAGUUGAUAAUUGCAAGGGCUUAUAUUUUGCAGGGCAUGACACAACUGCUAUUUCUGCUUCUUGGGUUUUAAUGCUCCUUGCUUUACACCCAGAGUGGCAAUCUAGAAUCCGAGCAGAGGUGGCCCAAUUUUGCAAUGAUGGAUCUAUCGAUGCAAAUUCAAUAUCCAACUUGAAAAUGAUCACCAUGGUGAUCCAGGAGGCCUUGAGGCUAUUCCCACCAGCAGGGUUUGUGGUGAGGGAGACACUUGAAGAAGUCCAAAUUGGAAACAUUACAAUUCCAAAGGGUGUGUGCACAUGGACUUUGAUUUCAACCUUACACAGGGAUCCUACCAUUUGGGGACCAGAUGCUGACAAGUUCAAACCUGAAAGGUUCUCUGAUGGGGUCUCUAAAGCUUGCAAAUUUCCCCAAGCUUACAUCCCAUUUGGACUUGGAACUCGCUUGUGUGUUGGUCGAAACUUUGCCAUGGUGGAACUGAAAAUUGUUAUCUCCUUCAUUGUCUCCAAGUUUAAGUUCUCCUUGUCUCCUAAUUAUGUGCAUUCUCCAGUUUUCAGAAUGCUUGUAGAACCUGAAAAUGGUUUACAACUCAUAAUCCAAAAGGUUUAGAAUAAGAUUAGAGGUACUACUAAAAUUUAUAUGCUAGUCUGGCUCUUGCUUUAGCUAUGUGUUUCAACUGAACAGUUUGUUAGUGGAAUAGCAACAAUAUUUCUUCUA